AAUUGUGUAUAAAAGCGAUGCUUUUCAAGGAUCGAGCAUCAAAUCGUGUAGCAAGAUGGUGUCAUCCAGAGGCUUCGUUCUGCUGCUAAUCGGAGUUUUUACUUUUUCUUCAAAUGCUGCUCGGUACUAUUCACCUUGCCAAGCAGAAAGUUAUAGCAAUACCUGGCCAGCACGUUGCAUCGACGGGAACCACCAGUUUGGAGACGGAUGGCUACUCGUGCAGCAUCGCGUAGACGAAACCGGCAACUUUUACCGCAGCUGGACCGACUAUAAGAGCGCAUUCGGCCAGGGGGACAACUUUUGGGUAGGCUUGGACGCGAUUCACAGAGCAGUUUCCUCUGGAACAUACGAGCUGAUCGUGGAGAUGGUCGGCGAGUACGGUGAGUACCGCUUUGCCAGGUACUCCAACUUUUUGAUUGGCAACGAAACCGAGAGCUACGCCCUGAAGGAGCUCGGCCAGUACAGUGGAACGGCUGGCGAUGGCUUGGUGACGCACAAGGGGGCAGCCUUCUCGACGUUCGAUCGCGAUCGUGAUCAAAACGCGAACCAGAACUGCGCCGUCGGGCUGAAGGGGGGUUGGUGGUUCACGCGUAGUUGCAUGGACAGAUCGGUUCAAAGUUGCAAUCUCAACGGGAAGCUCGCCGAGCAGGGUGGGACGCUGUAUUGGCGGGUUCGGAGAGGCAGCGAAUCGUUGAAGUACGUGCGGAUGAUGAUAAGGGAGGCUGAGUGAAUCCUUUGGAAGCUGAUGGUUGAAUAAAGCCAACUUGUAAUCAGA